CACUCACUACAGAAUUCCUUCUAGAUGCUCAGCCAGCCUCUGUUCACACUUUGACACUUAGAGGAUAGUUUGUAGCUGUGUCUCUGGUCUUAACGUAUUUCAAAAAGAAUUGGAUUACCUGCAUCACGUCCUCACGAUGUGCUCAUUUUGCAACAUUAAAUGUUGGUUUAUUUUCUUCAAUACGCUCUUCUUGGCAUCCGGGGUUGCCCUCAUUACCAUUGGAGCGCUGCAGUACUCGACUUACACUCAGAUCGGCACAUUUGCAGGGAGUGGCCUGUCUAAAAUCGCCAUAGUCCUCAUUGCUGUGGGUGUCACCAUAGCCCUCAUCUCCCUCUUGGGCCAUGUUGGGGCAUUUUUGAAUAAUUCUUCUAUGGUGGCUUGUUUCAUCUGCAUCCUGAUAGUGAUCAUCCUUUUGGAGGUACUCACAGGCGCUGCCUUUUACAUACUCCGCAGCAGGACUGCCCUCUUACAGAUGAACGGUGCUAUCAAUACCAAAGCACAUGCGGUGAUCACUGACUACAGCCCGGAGGACAGACACGCCAUCAACAGAAUUCAGGAGAAGUUCAAAUGCUGCGGUGCAGACGGCCACACCGACUGGUCCAGCAGCGUGGGCUGGGAAAACCACGAUGCCGUGCCGGACUCCUGCUGCAUAACGAAGAGUGAGGGUUGUGGACAGGACCAGACAAAAUUGCACAAAAAGGGUUGUAUCUGGGCUAUCAAGAUCUUUCUGAUCAAAAACUUGAUGUGGGUUGGUGCUGUCUGCAUAGCUCUAGGAGUCACAGAGGUUUUUGGAGUGUUAGUCGGGGUGUGCUUGUGUCUGGACAUAAAACGAAAAAACUAUGAAAACAUGAGCUGAUGCGUCAUCGAGUCCAAGCACAGACAUCUUAUUUUUUUGCUCAGAUUUGUUCUAUUUUCUUUGCUUGUGCUCUGGACAAAUGGAAAUGGUUUCAUUUAUUGCUCUCAAUGACACUGACAACAGCUGUUACAAUAACAAAUUUCAUGCUUACUAUGACUACGCUCAA